CACUACAAACCUUAUGUAUAACCCUUAAAUUAAAUUAAGACCAAAAAGCAACAAAAGAAAGUAUGUAUUUUUACGAUAUAUCCAAUUUUGACUUUGUGGCUGUGGUAACUCGUGACAACCGUGUAGAACGUGUUCGCCAUAAUAAACCCCGAACAAGGCUGUGCUAAAACAAGUGAUAAGGUGCUGUGCGAAGCUGCAGUUUGUAUUGUUUUUAACAAUACAGGUCUAGCUAGCAAGUGUAUGUCGGGAUUUUAAAAAGUAUUUUUUUUUGUGUGGAAGGAAUAAGGAAAGCGAGGGAAAAUUGAGCAUAUCAAGGCCACACCAUGGCGUCGGCAUCUGCCAGCGUGGAUUCCAAGGCAGAGCUGACUGCUCUGCUGGAGCAUUGGUUGGAGAAGUGGGAGGGGGAGCAGCAGGCUAGCACACCAGACCUGGUUAACAUCCUCACCAAGAUCUCAGAGCUGGUGGAGAGGGAGACUGAGGAAUAUCACAAAGCUGAUCCUGAUCCUUUUGAUGACAGGCACCCUGGGAGAGCUGAUCCAGAAUGCGUCUUGGGUCAUCUGCUUAAGAUCCUGUUCAAAGAUGAUGACUUCAUGAAUGCGCUGGUGAAUAGCUAUGUGAUGACCAGCAGAGAGCUCACCCUUAACACGGCAGCCUGUCGCUUGCUGCAGAACAUCAUGCCUGGGUUGGAGACCGCUGUGGUCUUUCAGGAGAAGGAGGGCAUAGUGGAGAGGCUGUUUAAAUGGGCCCAGGAGGCUGAGCAACCCCUGAUGAUCUAUGCUACGGGCCUGCUGGCUGGAGCCAUGGAGAACCAGGACAUCGCUGCCAACUACAGGGAGGAGAACUCAGUCCUGGUGCCUCUAAUGCUGCAGCGGCUACGUGAGCUGCAGGCCAAGGACACUGAGAACAGGAAGGAGUUUAAACGGCCCAGUCCCAGGAAGGCCCUGGGGGAACCUCUCCUUCCUCUGGAUGAGGAGACUGUUGACGGAGGCUUCGAGGACACCCCGUUCUCCUCUGGGAAUAACGGCACAGAGAGGGUGGAGAAGGGACCAGAGGAGGACAGAGAGGAGAACCCCUUCCCCCCAGGGAAUAACAGAACAGAGAAGGGACCAGAGGAGGACAUAGAGGAGAGCCCAUUCCCCAGCAAUGAGUCUGACAACUCUUCCCACAAGAUCAGCAGCUGCACCAGCUCGUCCAUUAAAGGCCUGAUGAAACCUGUGUCUGCCCCGCAGUCUCUGUCCCACCGGGACUUCCCAGAUGGCAGGGCGGAGGGCAGCAGUCACCUCAAGAGGAGGGCGGAGAGGGAGAAUGGACGGAAGGUGAAACAGAAGCUGAACUUCUCCCUGCCGGAGCCGGAGAGGAACUUCAGCGAGCUGUCCAACAGCAGCUGGUCUGAGAUGAGCCCCUGGGUGAUUGGGAACAACUAUCACCUUUAUCCUCUGACCCCGGAGAUGGAGCAGAGGCUCAUCCUACAGUACCUCACCCCUCUGGGGGAGUACCAGGAGCUGUUGGCUGUCUUCAUGCAGAUGGGAGCCUGUGAGCUGCUCAUCCAUUACAUGGACCUGAAGCAGACCAACGAUGUACAGCUCACCUUUGAGGCUCUCAAGUACCUGGCCUCCCUACUCCUGCAUAAGAAGUUUGCAGCCCAGUUUGUGGCCCAUGGAGGAGUUCAGAAGCUUCUGGAGAUCCCCAAGCCUUCCAUGGCCGCCACAGGGGUGUCUCUGUGCCUCUACUACCUGGCCUACAACCAGGAUGCCAUGGAGAGGGUGUGUAUGCUGCCUCACUCCAUCCUGUCUGAUGUGGUGAGCUACACUUUGUGGCUGUUGGAGUGUUCCCACGCCUCGGGCUGCUGCCACGCCACCAUGUUCUUCUCCAUUUCCUUCUCCUACCGAGCCGUGCUGGAGCUCUUCGACAGGCAGGACGGCCUCCGACGCCUCGUCAACCUGAUAAGUACGCUGGAGAUCUUAAACCCUGAAGACCAGGCGGCCCUGCUGAGUGAUGACCAGAUCUUCUCCAGCAGGCAGACAGCCAAGCACACCUGCAUGGCCCUGCGCAGGUUCUUCGAGGCCCAUCUGGCCAUCAAGGUGGAGCAGGUCAAGCAGUCCCUGCAGCGGACUGAGGGGGGCGCUCCCAUUCACCCUCAGCCCUACUACAAGGCGUGCAGCUACACCCAUGAGCAGGUGGUGGAGAUGAUGGAGUUCCUGAUCGAGUACGGCCCAGUCAGAUUGUACUGGGAGCCAGCUGAGGUCUUCCACAAGCUGUCCUGUGUUCAGCUGCUGCUGCAGCUCAUCUCCAUUGCUUGUGACUGGAGGACAUACUAUGGCAGGAGUGACACAGUGCGUUAUGCCCUGGACAUACUGAGCAUCCUGACGGUGAUCCCGAAGACCCAGCUGCUGAUGGCUGAGUCUGUGGCUGUGCCAGAUGGGGAGGGGGGUAAUGCAGUCUCCACUGUGGGUAUGAGUGUAGUCCUGUUGGUGGCGGAGGGAGAGGUGUUUGUGAACGACGCCGAGAUCCAGAAGUCUGCUCUGCAGGUGGUCAUCAACUGUGUGUGUGCUCCGGACAAACGCAUGUCCAGCAUCGGCAAGUUCAUCUCGGGCACUCCUCGCAGACGCCUGCCCCAGACUACCAAGAGCAGCGAGAGCGUGCUCAGCAAGAUGUGGAACGUGGUGCAGUCUAACAACGGCAUCAAGGUGCUCCUGUCCCUGCUGACGGUGAAGAUGCCCAUCACAGAUGCGGAUCAAAUCCGGGCCCUGGCCUGUAAGGCCCUGGUGGGUCUGUCCCGCUCCAGCUCAGUCAGACAGAUUAUCAGCAAGCUGCCUCUCUUCAGCAGCGGACACAUCCAGCAGCUUAUGAAGGAGCCUGUGCUCCAAGACAAACGCAGCGAACACGUCAAGUUCUGCAAGUUUGCGGCAGAGCUCAUCAAGCGAGUGUCUGGUAAACCCCUCAUGAUAGGGACGGAUGUGUCCCUGGCCUGGCUGCAGAGGGCUAAUGUGGUGGCCCAGUCCAGGAUCUCCUUCCCUGAGAAGGAGCUACUGCUGUUGAUCCGGAACCACCUGGUGGCCAAAGGCCUGCAUGACACGGCCACCACACUCACCAAGGAGGCCGACCUCCCCAUGGCCAUCCUCCCCCACCCAUCUUCCUCAGCUUUACUUCCUGUCGUUGUUCCCCCUCCUCCUGCCUCUCCUGCCCCUGCCCUCCCCCGGACCCCUCGGCUGGCCAAUGGGGUUGCAGCGCGGUUGGCGAGCCACGGCUCUCAUCCGUCCAUGCCGUUGUCAGUUCAGCCCCGUCCCUCGACAUCGCAACUCCUCGCACUCCCUCCGGCCGCCCCUCCCCUGUUGACCCCUCACCAAAGCAACGGCUCUCCCCUAAUUGGUCGGAUCGUGUUCACGCGAGAGCGCCCGUCGCCAUGCCCCGUGCCUGCCAGCUGUAAGAAGCCGCGGGUGCUGAGGCAGAAGUCAGAUUACGGUGCCUUCAGCCAGAGUCCAGCCAUGAAGAAACAGCUGGACAGACACCUACCCUCUCCCCCCGCCCUGGACAGCAUCAUCACAGAGUACCUGAGGGAGCAGCACGCGCGCUGCAAGAACCCUGUCACCACCUGCCCCCCUUUCUCCCUCUUCACCCCCCACCAGUGCCCCGAACCCAAGCAGAGGCGCCAGGCCCCAACCAACUUCACCUCCCGAAACACACGCAGGGUCGUCUACCCCAAGUAUGGAGGGGUGGACGGGGGCUGCUUCGACAGACACCUCAUCUUUAGCAGGUUUCGUCCCAUGUCUGUGUUCAGAGAGGCAGAUGAGGAUGAGAGUGGGUUCAUGUGUUGUGCCUUCUCUGCCCGUGAGCGGUUCCUGAUGCUGGGGACGUGUACGGGCCAGCUCAAACUCUACAAUGUGUUCACAGGCCAGGAGGAGGCCAGCUACAGCUGCCACAGCUCUGCCAUCACACACCUAGAGCCAUCACGGGAUGGCUCUCUGUUGUUGACAUCGGCAUCAUGGAGUUAUCCUCUGUCUGCACUGUGGGGCAUGAAGUCAGUGUUCAUCAUGAAGCAUUCCUUCUUAGAUGAUCAUUAUGUGGAGUUCAGCAAACUCUCACAAGACCGAGUUAUUGGCACAAAGGAACACAUAGCCCACAUCUAUGACAUCCAGACGGGGCAGAAAACCCUGACCCUCAACUACCCGGACCUGGCCAAUAACUACAAGAGGAACUGUGCGACCUUUAACCCCACUGACGACCUGGUGCUGAACGACGGUGUACUGUGGGACGUGCGCUCGGCUCGUGCCAUCCACAAGUUUGACAAGUUCAACAUGAACAUCAGUGGAGUGUUCCACCCCAAUGGCCUGGAGGUCAUCGUCAACACUGAGAUUUGGGACCUGCGGACUUUUCACCUCCUCCAUACAGUGCCAGCUCUGGACCAGUGUAGGAUCGUCUUCAACAACAACGGCACGGUCAUCUACGGAGCGAUGCUCCAGGCAGAUGAUGAUGAUGACAUUAUGGAGAUGCAGACGAAGACUCCCUUUGGCUCCUCCUUCAGGACGUUCAACGCCACCGACUACAAACCCAUUGCCACCAUUGACGUGAAGAGGAAUAUCUUUGACCUCUGCACAGACACCAAGGACUGCUACCUGGCUGUGAUUGAGAACCAGGACUCUGUCAACACAGACACGGUGUGCAGACUGUACGAGGUGGGACGCCAGAGACUGGCUGAAGAGGAGGAGGAUGAAGAUGAUCAGGAGGAUGAUGAUCAAGACGAUGACGAUGAUGAUGAUGAUGACUCUGAUGAUGACAUGGACACAGACCCCCUGAUCGCUGAGCUGGAUAACGAAAACGGGGAGGAUGAGGAAGACGAGGAAGACGGGAACAAUGAAUUAUCUCUCUCCGACGAUGAGGUGUCUCGCCUGCUGGAGGGGGAUGGAGAGGAGGAUGAUGAUGAUGAUGAUGAUGACUCGGAUGACGAUGAGGAAGAUGGGGACCUUGCCCUGGAUAACACAGACAGCUCUGACAACUCUGACCUUGAGGAUGACAUCAUCCUGUCCCUGAAUGAGUGAGGAGCCGUCGGUGUCUGGGACAGAGAAACUAGGACGAGAGCGCUCCAUGUGGAUGAACCGUCAUAAACAACUGAGACAAGACUAUAAGGUACAGUUAGAUAAGAGAGAGUUGGGCAGAAAGAAGGAUGGGAUUUGGGAAGUGAACUGAGGGUGCCAACAGAGCAUUGCCAGUUUGGAAUUCUGUCCAAUGCCCCCCACCACUCAGGAGCAAGUCAUCCUGGGAGAAGCUGAUGGAAGGAGUCAGUGAAGAGCCAGAAGAGAGAUCCACCUUUCAAAAUGUUUCUACAGAAAUUGAAUUAGUGAAAAAAAAAAUAGAAGAUUUGUAUAUGAUAUAGUUUUAUAUUACACUGUGGGCUUGAUGAGUGGAAAACGAUGUUUGUACAGACACAACAACAACUGAGGUUAUAAUUUUUUCAUUUUGAUUUCAUUAAAGCUCUUUCAAAAGUUUA